CGCAUUGUGGGAUCUGUCCGUCCGCGGGGCGGUGGAGGACACGGCUCUCUGUCAUGGGGAUCCAGCCGAGCCCAGUCCUCCUGGCCUCCCUGGGGGUGGGGCUGCUGACUCUGCUCGGCCUGGCUCUGGGCUCCUACCUGGUUCGGAGGUCCCGCCGGCCGCAGGUCACUCUCCUGGAUCCCAAUGAGAAGUACCUGCUGCGACUGCUGGACAAGACGACUGUGAGCCACAACACCAAGAGGUUCCGCUUUGCCCUUCCCACCGCCCACCACAUUCUGGGGCUUCCUGUGGGCACACAUGUCUACCUCUCUGCCCGAAUCGAUGGCAGCCUGGUCAUCAGGCCAUACACUCCUGUCACCAGUGAUGAGGACCGAGGCUAUGUGGAUCUCGUCAUCAAGGUCUACCUGAAGGGCGUACACCCCAAAUUUCCUGAGGGAGGAAAGAUGUCUCAGUACCUGGAUAGCCUGAAGAUUGGGGACAUGGUGGAGUUUCGGGGACCGAGUGGGUUGCUCACUUACACUGGGAAAGGGAAUUUUAACAUUCAGCCCAACAAGAAAUCUCCGCCGGAACUCCGAGUGGCAAACAAACUGGGAAUGAUUGCCGGCGGGACAGGGAUCACCCCGAUGUUACAACUGAUCCAGGCCAUCCUGAAAGACCCCGAAGAUCCAACCCAGUGCUUUCUGCUUUUUGCCAACCAGACUGAAAAGGACAUAAUCUUGCGGGACGACUUGGAGGAACUACAGGCCCGAUAUCCCAAUCGCUUUAAGCUCUGGUUCACUCUGGAUCAGCCGCCAGAAGAUUGGGCCUUCAGCAAAGGCUUUGUGACUGCCAACAUGAUCCAGGAUCACCUGCCUGCCCCAGGAGAUGAUGUGCUGAUGCUGCUCUGUGGGCCACCCCCAAUGGUGCAACUGGCCUGCCAUCCCAACUUGGACAAACUGGGCUACUCGCAAAAGAUGCGAUUCACUUACUGAGCAUCCCCCAGCUUCCCUGGUCCCAUUCCCUACAAUUUUCCCCAGUCAGUACUCAAAUGCUAUAAGCCCUAGGUUCCUUUUCUGAUAGCAUCAGCCUUUUGUGUCUUUCUCUGGAGCUAAAUCUGGAUGGUACCUGCAGGAACCACAUCACUGCAGCCCAUGGAAGAGGACCAAGGUGAAGUCGUUCCCUAGAAGGCCUCCCAAAUCUCCCUGUGAUAAAAGGUCCAGGUCAGGCCCAUGGAGCAAUCCCUUUCAUGGGGUCGGAAAGAAGGUAGCAUGUAUAUUUGUUCCAAGACUGGCUAGUUCUUUGAUAGCAUCACGGUCCCACCUUCUCUAUGAUGUAAGGUAUAAUCUGUGCAAUGACUUUUAAUAUUAGGUGCUUAACCCAUGGGCAGGUUCUUCAUGUGUGAGUGCAAGUUGAGCGGACUACAGAGGUAGUGAAAUUGCAGGAAAAGAGGAAAUGGUUUCCUCAGAUCUCCAGUCCUUAGAGAAAGGAGACUGAGAUAGGUGUUUGUAUGCUUCUCUCUCUCUGCCCUUGCUCAGGCUACAGGGAAGUGGCCACCCAAAGUCUAAGACUGCUGUUUGUGGCAGGAACCUCUGGCUAUGCAAAUAAAUGGGGCUGAGGUCCCCGUGUGAUCCCUAAAGGGUUGUUGCAUCUGGGGUCCUUGUUUCCAAGGCCUUUCGUGCUUAAG